AAUUGCGAAACAUGGCGAACAGUUGAACCCAUGCACGAUCAGCCCGGGCUACCCGUACAUCAAGCCAUUCUAGUACAUGCAUAUCCGCUGCUCCUCUGCUGGUACCAAAUACUAUUACUAGCUCUUGUCAGAAUAAGUACAUCUCCCACUAAGGUCGCCGCGCAGUACAUCUCAUGGUAAAGAGGUUCUACACGCCUAAUGACGUCAUACUGCACAACACUCCAGAGGAUUGCUGGGUCUCAUACCUUGGAAAGGUCUGCGACUUAACCGAACUUUGUGCUGAGUAUAAAGGUGACGUGCUGCUUGAGCCACUGCUCGCUGAGGCAGGAACGGACAUAUCACACUGGUUUGACAGUCUGACUGGAGAUGUGCGCCACUACAUGGAUCCAGAGACUCAUUGCUUGGUUCCAUACACACCACAUGGACGGUUCAUACACAUCCCUCCGCCAUACCCCACAACGGACUGGGCUACUGAUAUUGGAACCCCUUGGUGGAAAGAUCCGAAAUACGUUAUUGGAUGCUUGACGCAGAAAACCAGAUUUGUGAGAAUAAUUAACACACUGACUUCCCAGGAACACGAGGUUCAGGUUUGUGUGGAGGAGACAAUGGAAGAAAUACUGGCGCGGUACUUAUGCUACAACGCUCACGCCGCCUCAUACACUUGGAAGUAUAACGGUGUUGUUCUGGACAUGGGGAAGACGUUGGAGAAGAAUGGCGUGCGGGAGGAAACACAAGACAUCGAAGACAGAUUCAUGCCGCAGAUACAUUUGUACUAUAACGAUGAUCUUACUGAGGCGUAAACGAAAUUAUCCACUGCAACAAGAAAUCAAACACCAGUUUCUGUAAACACAGAUGCUCCAUUCUGGCGUCAACAGAGGACAGUCUACUGUUGGACAGAAUGCGAAGAAAACAAUGGCACGCUUGGACAGUGGUUUAUUUCUUUUGCUGGACUUAAAAUCCAGCUCACCUCACUAUCUGAAUUUGUUUCCGAGAAGUAAACAAAAAUGGUGUG